GCCCUCAAACAACUUGAGCACAAUAGCACUCCGAGAUUCAAGUUAACGCCCUCUAGGACCCAGAUGCAGACAAGUGCCUCCUUCAAUGACAUUACAACUGCUGAAACCCAAGCUGCAAACACAACACAUUCUCCCGGGUCGGCAUUUUCGAAUCCUGCUGUUCCCUUACCAAUCACUUGUGCAUCCGCCUCCAUAGACGCUUGCUACGACCCUAACCUCCAGGUGGAGUAUCUGCGAUACAUGGCCAAGUUCAUGCCCGCGCCUUGGUUGAGUCGAGCCAUCCAAGCGCUAAAAGUGAAUCUCAACUUUGUCAAAACGGAAUCCCAACUACCUUGGUUCAAUGCAUUCCUUGGGCGCAUGGCUUGGGAUAUACUAAGGCAUGAGAGGUGGCGAAAGCGGAUUCAGGAGAGGAUUCAAGCGAAACUAAAAAAAUUGAAGCUUGUUUCAAUUGUGAAUGAACCGAUCGUGACGAGCGUGGAUAUGGGCAAUGAAUGUCCAAUUGUCACCAACAUUAGCAAACCUUACAUGGAUAAUCAAGGUUUGUGGCUCGAGGUGGAAGUGGUCUACACCGGUGGUUUCACUGUCGCAGUUGAAACUACUAGAAUUAAUGACGCUUCCACCUUCGUUGGCGCAACUACCGCUUCUCCAGCGCCCUCAAUUGCGGAGCCCACCGUAAGAAAUUUGGCAGCUUUUCUUUCGGACGAAGAAGACAGUGCGGACUCCUCAACAGAUAGUGAACGCGAGACCACUCUAACUAGGACCAUCGUCUCUCUUCUUCCCACUUCCAAUUCUCCUCUCGAUCUUACUGCUUCUGCUUCCGCUACUAGUUCGAGCAUUCCAAUUAAUUCAAGCAAUUCCGCCUACAAACUGCCCACUGAAGUGGAAGAUACUGAAGGGAGCUCCAUUGGACCAGCGAAGGGCCGUUUUCAUCGCAUUUUUGACAAGAUUACACGAUCAUUGUACGUUCAGAUGGCGGAUAGCAGGCUGCUCCAAUAUAGUUUAGAUCUGGUAACUCAGACGACACUGCAUUUGAAACUGGAGAUAACGAUGCUGCAUGGAAAUCUAGUGUUAAACAUUCCGCCUCCUCCAAGUAAUCGUCUUUGGUACGGUUUCCGAAACAAUCCCAACCUUCGUGUCAAAGUGAAACCUAAAGUUGGCGAGUACCUGUUCAGCUUCCCUCGAAUCUUAGAGUCUAUUGAGAAGAGGAUUAUUACCGAGUUUCAGCGAGUCCUUGUUUUGCCUAAUAUGGAUGAUAUUGUGUUACCAAUGCUCUUCCCCGAAGAAAACUUGGAAGGCCAAAAUACCACGGAGUCAAAAUCUGAAAACUCUGAAACUGAUUUUGUCCCAAUUCCACCCCGACAGUUACUCCCGCAAAAAACUCAAGAUGCAUCCAAAAAAGUUGAGAUGAAAGACGAUACGAACAGCGACGGAGCAAGUUCUCCAAUCUGA